UGUCAUUGUUUAAUACAUAAGUCGUCCCACCAUGCCCACCCUGCCACCUUAUCUGGCAAUUCUUCGGAUAAGACCGCGAAUCGGGUCCGUGGGAUUUGGCAUUGAAGCUGGAAUUCAGAUAAUGAAUUCUUGGAUGCGCUACCUUAGACAACAGCAACGAGUAUCGCAACCUUCACCCGUCCUCUAGCCUCUAGCUUCCAAUCGUCAUGCCGCGGGACCAUACAGGCAUAAUCUAACUUUUACUCCUCCUCGAACUCGCCCGCACUAUGCCGCCGCACCUACACCCGCGGUCGCGAAUGACCUCCUCGCUCUUCGCCACGACCGUAGCAGCAAGUUUCUUCGUCGUGACGCUCCCGCACAUUCUGCCCUGUCCCGCGCCGCGGGUGACCUACGCCGACUCGGAAAUAGCCGCAGACGGCACGAGGCGGCGGCGACGGAGGAAACCCGAGCCGGCGGUCGUGAAGGACGGCAUCGUCCAGUUCGAAAGCCCGACCGAGGACUUGGAAAGGGUCGCUACUGAGACCGGCGGCAUUGCUACGAGGGCAAGGAAAGAAAGAGAAUGCCCCGUGCCCAAACCGGGCGGCGUCAUUGGUGAGCUGAUGGGGUUUAAGGGCAAGUCGAAAGCGGACGAAGGAAAGGGGCCAAGUGAUAAUACAUAGAAAAUAGCGAGCGUGAGGUUGGAAAAUCCACUGGAAACUUUACAUUCGCAAUGUGUAUAAUACUACCAUGCGAAGAAUAUGUUGCAGUUACUGAUUACUCCACACAACAUUAGGAUUAUCACAGGUAGUUAAUAAAAGAUGAACUACUCUGUA